CCCGCAACAACAUCGUUCAAUCUUUUGAACUUCAAAACGCCCUUUCACCUCUCUCUAUUCGCUCCUCAACAUCCAUCCGCUGCUUGCACAGAUAUCCAAGGCAGAGUACUAGUGCUCUCACUUAAUUGCACCCACACCACGCCAUCCACACAACACCACCAGCAGCAGCACCAGCAGCACCAGCAGUUUCACACCGCAAUGAUUGUCCAAACAAUCCCUAUCCCGGCCUCGCGCACAAUCUCCGUGUCACCACUGACGCGCGAGGCCUUUGCGCCCUUCGGCACGGCCAUCGCAAACCCCCGCCCAGAGGCCCUCCCCUCAAACACGUCCCCGCAGUCCAUCGCGGCCGGCUCCCUCCCUUAUGGCGCCGUGUCCGCGAACCAGGGGUCCGCGAUCCAGUACCGCGGCCUCGCGGCCAUGCAGAACCUCUACAGCAGCAGCAGCAGCAGCACCCACGAGAAAAACGCGGCGACGGCGGCGGCCACGCCCCGGAUGACCAUGUUUGUGUGCGGCGCGCGCGACCUGGGCAGGGACAGCGUGUUCCGGGUCGGCGUCCUCGAGCGGCACCCCUUUACUUCGCAAACCUUCAUCCCGCUCACGGCCGACGCGAGCAAGCGCUAUCUCGUGAUAGUAGCACCGACCCUGCCGGCGAGCAGCGAGGACACGGCCAACCUCCCCGCCCCGCCGGCGGCGGCAGAAGAACAGCAGCAGCAGCAGCAACAGCCGCGGUUACCCGGUCCCGGACUCCCCGACCUCACCCGGCUGGUCGCGUUCAUCGCCACGGGCGAGCAGGCGGUCACCUACGCGGCGGGGACGUGGCAUGCGCCCAUGGUCGCGCUGGGCCCCGCCGGCAGCGCAAUCGACUUCGUCGUGGUGCAGUUUGCAAACGACGUGCCCAUCGAGGACUGCCAGGAGGUCGAGCUCAGCGGUGCCGGUGGCAGUGGCGAUGAGGAGAGGAAGCUGGUGGUGCAGGUGCCCAGUCCGGGGAGGGGCGGGCUGGCGGCAAAGUUGUAGUUGGUAGUCCAGCACACGACGGUUUGCCAGCUGCUCGCGCGGCAAAAGGGAAACCGGUUUGAGGAUGCAGAGCUCGGCCUCUCCGCAGUCAGUCAUUGUUGUAGGAGGGCGUGUACAUCUUCCGGGCGCGCACUUAUACAUAUAGCAUGUAGAUUUAGGAUAUAUACAAAGCGUCGGAUCUUUUGGUUGGUGAUUCUGCCA